AUGCGCAGCAAAAGCGUGGACGUGCGCAUAAAAGGGGGCGGAGCGAAUGAGUGGUGGUGGGGCCGACGGACCAGCCCCAGCCCCACCCGCGACAACGCCGCCCACGCGGAGCCGGCCGAGGUGGAGGACCCGUUGCAGGCCCAACUCGAUCGUCUCUAUCGCCGCAUCCUGAUGUCGGCCAAGAGUUCGCGGCGCUUGUCGCGUCGCAACUCCCAGUUGUUGGAGAACCCGUUCGCGCCCCACUCCAAGUCCUCGCCUCACUUCGUACAAGUUCAGGAAAACGGUACUAGUUUGGCAUUGGGAUUUUUGUUGAUUUUGUGGUGUUAGGACUUUGUGAUUUGGUUUGUUGCUUUAGUUGUAGGUGUUUUUUCUUUAGUUUUCGUUUUUGAAUUCAUGAUUUUUUGUUUUGAAAACUGUAUGUUAACUUCAAUAGGCUUUGAUUAGUUUUUUUUUAUUUCUAAGGAUUUUUAGCUGCUCUGAGGCUUGGUUCUAGUUAUUCGUAGUGUUUACAACAUCUCUGUCGAAUUUAGUUGUGUAAAUCAUGCUCGAUGGUUUAAUGUUUUUAAUUUUUAUGGUUUUUUAGCUUAGUGUUUUUUAAUUUUGAAGCUAUUUGAUUUUAAUGGGUUAUAAUUUAAAGCUUGUGACUUGUCAUGUCUGUUUAUUAUAUGUUGUUUGUGUUUCUAAGGGCUUUGUCUAGACCACCAGCUUUAAAAACAGUAGGUUUAAUGUAAAAGUGUCUCUUAUUUAAAGAAUCACGAAACUUCCUUGCAAAAUGUGGGCAUUCUGUGUCUGUGUCAAAAAUCAGGCAAAUUCAGUAUUCUUUUUUCGCUAAAAAAACCUGGGGAGCUUGGUCCCAAAUGGGUAAAUUAUUGGUAAAUUUAAAUUGAGAUUGAACACUCACAUUAUUUGAGGAAAAAAAAAGAUUUAUUGGAACUUCAUUUUUUGCAAAAAAUCGGCACAGGUUUGCAAAAGAAUGCCAACGUUGGUCCUCUUUCCGAAUUUCUUGAAUUUUUCAAAAAUACUGUUGUAAGAAGUUAUAAAAAUUUUAAUUUUUAAAACUUUUUUUUGAAAAAAAAACUUCUUAACUUGACAUGCUCUAAAUGCUUUUGCUUGGUUCAUUUUCUGCACUAUCAUGUCUUAAAAACUUAAAAAAAGUAACACUAGUUAUAAGAAGUUACAAACUCUCUUAAUCUUGUUACCUUCAUCCUAUAAUUGCCUUUCUUAUAAUUAGAACAUCUUUAUAAUUAUCUUUCUUUUAAUUAUGAUAUAUACCUAAACGUGUCUUCUUGUCAACACAAAACUUCCUUAAAGUUGACAAAACAUGAAAUUUGAGCCGGUUUUUUUUUGACAAACUUUCAAUAUUAAGACUUUUUAAAUUUUUCUUGCUUUUUUUGUUAUUAAAUUUAAUUAGUUAAAAACUUAUAAAAAAAUUAAAAUCUAAUAUUUUACAGUUUUUUAAAAAAUUUUAUCUGAAAACCUCAUUUUUUGAAAAAACAACUUCAAAAGCCUCAAAAUUUUUUUUCGAAAAUUAGAUUUUGUUAUUAAAAAGUGUUACGAACGGUUAUUAUGUUUGUACUUCUGCUUUUUUUCAAGUGUUCUGCAAAAAUAGGGGGGAGAAUCACGCACAAAAGGGCUUAGGACGUCAUGGAAUAGCACAUUACGUUAAGUUACAAAAAAGGUUUUGAGGGUGUGCUAGACGCUAAGCUGUGGACAUUUUUUAAGUACAUUGAUCUUUAAGUUGAGGUAGAUAUUCACUUUGAGCUUGAUACUCACGUUGAGUUAAAUAUAUUUAAGUUUAUUUGACCUACUAGAACGGCGGCUUUUGGCUACAGAAGCUUAACGAUCCAGCUUUUUAAAACAUUCACAUCACGCUAGCAAGGAAUUUUCAGAAGCUGUCGUUUUAAACUAACAUUAUUGAGGAAAAAAGUGAAGGUUGGCCUAGGAUAUGAAGUGGUUUAGUCUAAGGGCGGCUAAAAGUGACAUUGUAGUAGAGGAAGGUAAGUAUAAAAUUUGCUGUCAAUUUUUUUUGUUUUAACAUUAAAAACGGAUUUUUGAAAGAUUUUGUAAUUUAAAUAUUAUACUAGUGCUUCGACUAAUGCUAAAGCUAGGCUUAUGCCUUAGGCAACAGCACGGCUUGAGCUAGUACGCAGAGUAAGACAAAGUAGGCACAGCAGGGUCGGUUAGGGUAGGGUAAGGUAUUUUUGAAUUAGAAAUUCUUUUUAAGCCCUAAAUUUAAAUCCGCGAGAAACAGACCAAAAGUUACACUCCUAUGUUCAGUUAUGUUUGGCAUAACAUAUUCAGCACGAGAAUGCUGUUUUGAUUACAUUAUAAAACCAAAUUUCAUGUUUAGUCCCAAAAAUAUGUAGAGAAAGUGUAAGAAUGGCAUUUAUCUCUUUUUCAUAAAAUUUCGACCAAAUUUAUUUAAUUUUCUCUCGAUUCAAGGCUUAAUUUGAUUUGGGUAAUGGGCGAAAUUGAGUUAGUUCAAUUGGUGGUAUGAGAAGUUUUAAUAUUUGAACACGUUAUUAAAUGCGUUUAAUUUGUAAGGAGUAGAUUUGAAAAGGGGCUCACAAGGCACAGCCUAGUCCGAAGCAAGAGAGAAGAGCCGGGCUGAAAGUUUGGGAGAAGGGCCUGGCUGAAAUUUUGGGCCUGGUUUGGUCUUUUUACAGUGGUACUUGGGAGGGCAGGGCAGGGCAAGGCAAGGCAAGAAACCGCAAGGCAAAGGAACUCAAGAGUAGGGUAGUUUUAUAUGAUAUGUAGUUAAGACAUUUUUGAAAAAAAUUAAUUUUAUCAGAUCAGACAGAAACUUUUUCUACUGAUCACAUAUCUCAAUCUCACUCCAACUUUAACCCUUAUAGUCAUCUUGUUUGUUUAUCUUCAUUCUUGCCGAUACUUUACAGUUACUUUUAUCUUCUCUCCACCCUAUGCGUUCUCUUCACUCUCCCACACUAUUUCAAUUUCCGUGCACGCUGAUCCACAGCAAAAAAACUCGAGCUUUCGAAGGAUUUAGCAAAGUUUUAAGGUGUCUCCUUAACAAUCCGAAACAAAAUUUGUGUUUGCGCAGUUCUCUUGACUAAACAAAUCCUGACAAAAUUAUAAAAAAGCCGGCUGUAAGCGCUUUAAAAUUUCUCUCCAUGAGAUUAUUCUAGUAAUUGCUGUUCGUGAAGCCAAAUGAAUCCACGGUUAAUUUCGGUUUUUUAUUUGUUUUGGAUUUGUUUUUGUUUGGAGGGGGUUCGAUUACUAAAUAUUAUAGUAUAAGAUAAUUUUAGUUAGGAAACUAUUUUUGGUAAUCAAGUUUUGGCUUUUAAAAAUUUUCAAAUUUCUGUGGAACUUCUGUAUAACGACGUAUAUCUAAUAAAGCUAUAUUUCUCAAAUCAUUCGUUCAACAGCAGUGUUUUGCUAGGCCGGACGGAUCUAAAAACCUACGGACCCGGACCGAAAAUCGCUGGACCGCACUGAUGAAAAACGCUCCGGACCGGCCCGGGCAAAGCACUGUUCAACAUGAGUUCUAAGCAAUCUUUUACCAAGACCACAGUCAAGGAACUGUUGUGUAAGAAAGGAGUAAAAAAUAUUUUUUUAUUAUCACUGGACUUGCUGAUAGUCCUGGCAAUCCUAGGCAUUUACAAUGUAAAAAAUUAAAAUAGCACUUUAAACGGAAACUAACUCUUAUUGUCAUUCAAGUUUUGUUAUUUUGUCUCUUUUUUCUCAAGAACAUGAAAAUCUAAUAACCCAGUGUAACUUCUUUUUUUUUAGUCUGACACUUCACAGUAGAUUUAUGUAACUUUUAAAAUCUCAACUUUUUUCUAAACAUUUUUUAGAUCUUUUAAAAAUUCAAAAUUCUAUUAAACACAUUGGCUCAAAAAAAACGAUAUUUUAAAGCCAUUUUUAAUUUUUUGCUAAAAAUAAACCCAAUUACCACCUUUCGAGUACACAAUAUUACUUUUUGUAGUCACAAAACCUUAUUUAUUGUAUCGACAACAUCGGUAACAAACAGUAAAUACGGUUCUCUGGGAAAAUGUGAUACCAGUUUGUAAAUAGGUUUAAAAUCUUUAAUUAGUGACGUGCAAACGUGUGAACUUUAAAAUAUGUACAAUGCACCUUGUUAUUGACUAAUUAUUAAUUUCCGAUUAGAUACGAUACUAUGGCGUGCACUUUUUGCUGGUUUCUUGUACUUUUUUUGUGAUUUUUGGUUUAAUUUUUGGGUAUUUUAAGGUUUUUUUAGAUUAAAAUUGGUGUUGAGAAUGUAAUUUUUCUAUUUUUGUUUUAGUUGUUAUUGUUUUUGAGCUUGCUUUUCUAUUUUUUUGUUAUUUUUUGUUUUUUUUUGUUGUGUUUACUGUUAUGUUCGUUUCGUUUAUGUGUUAUUAUAAUCAGAAACUGAUAAGAAAAGAAUACUAUAAGGGCAAAAUAUAACGUACUAAUGGCAAUAUUUUAGGUACCUACCCCUCAAGUCCAACUACAGUAACAAACGGAUUCAAUUCACCGACUUCGGUGCAUUCAGCAACCACGGCGUCGUAUAACGGGAAUGCUACAAAGUAAAAUUGUUUUUUAACUACCUUCUCCUACUCUUACCCGUAAAAAACUACUCUGGCCAAUUUUUUUUACUUUAGUAAAAAUUCCUCACCGUUCCCCCCCCCCCUCCCCUCCAUAAUUUUUUUAAAAAAAUUUUUUAAAUUUAAAAACCCUCGUUUCCAGACCCCAACGGCGUCAGUCGUUCUUGGGUUCCCUCUUCUCCGGCUCGAAAGAACGCCUAAACCAACCCUACACCAAUGGCUUCAACUCCACUUUAAACAACAAUAAUGUAAAUAACAACGGCGCUACCCCAUCCUCAACAUCCUCCGGCUACUGGUCAUCCUCACGUCAAUCUUCACCACGCACAGAAUACCCUUAUUCAGGAGCUUUGGGCCGACAACGUGCUUCAUCGGCUUCCGUUCAGUACGUUCAAAACGUUGUGGAACAUCGACCCGGCACGGCAAAGGAAGCAGCGCUAGAGACGUUCGCUGUGAUCGCACAGAAGAGGAUCUGUGUGGUGAGGAAGUUUGGAUCACAUGUUGAUAACCAUGUCACAUCACUGUUGGACCGCCUCGGCCGUGAUGCCAACACAGAAGCCACUUACCUUACUGUAGAUCAACAGACUGGAGCCGAGGUCCUGGAUGCAGUACAAAGACCUGGCUUGCCAUUAGUAUUCAUCAAUGGAGAUUGUGUGGGUGGAAUCAAUGAGAUGAGAGCACUACACCGUUCAGGAUAUCUGGCAGAAGCUCUCACUCCACAUGAUUACGACCUGAUCGUGCUGGGUGGAGGUGCUGGAGGAUUGGCAGCGGCUAAAGAAGCGGCUAGUCUAGGGAAAAGGGUGGCAUGUUUGAAUUACAUACCAGGACAGGAGAAUGGCACUCCAGCCCCAUCGGCGAGCUUGAUCAAUAUCGAUCGAAUUCCGAAAAAGAUUGUUCAACAAGCUGCUGUCAUUGGGAAUAUAGUUCGUAAGUUUUAGGGUAAUAUUCUAACUGAUUAUGUUGAAAUAUUAAAGAUAUAUGUUGUCUUAAUCUUAUGACUAUUGAUUCUUCCUUUUUUGGGCCCGAAAUACGUUAAAUUUUCGAACUAUUACCUAAAAAACUCUUGAACAGUAUCAAAACUAAAGAAUGCUCAAAAGAAACGAAAAGACUCGAAUCCUUUGUAUUAUUUGCCUAAUACAACAAAAAUAUAAUAUAAAAAACAACUUACGAGACGAGUUUUCAACUUAUUUUAGAAUUAUAAUAACGUAAUUAUGACUGAUUUUUUAGACAACGCGGAGAAAUUCGGAUGGAAAAUUGAGGAAGCGGAAGAAAAGGCAAAAUUCACUUGGAACACACUCCAGAAACUCCUCCAGGAACACGUAUCACAGUUUAACAAAGACAAUGAAGCUUCUCUUAACGAUGCCAAAGUAAGUUUGUUACCUAAAAUUUAGUUAUUUAGCGAAAUUAAAUUUAUUUAGCAAAAUUAAGAGCUGAACAAGCCUGAAAGUCUUCCAAAGGAGAUUUCUUCCAGUUUUUGGUUUUGUAGGCCCAAAACAUUAAAUUAGGUAACAACAAAAUCAUUUUGAUUAAUCCUCAUCAUAACCUAACCAUAAUUUAGGUAACAUACCUAAACGAGCACGGAAUCUUCAACGGAACCCAUCAAGUCCUAUUACAAGAUAACAAAACUCUGUCAGCCGAUCGUUUCAUGUUAGCCGUUGGGUUAAAAUCCAAAUUGCCACAUCUCAAGAAUGCCGUAGACUGUUGUAUUGGAGCUGAUGAGCUAUUUGCACAAACUCAGAAUCCAGGAAAGACGCUGUGUAUUGGAGAUUCGUUUGUUUCGCUGGAAAUUGCUGGAUUCUUGAAUGCGUUGGGAAAUGAUGUUACUGUGCUGUUAAGAUCAAGCCUGAUCAGGGGAUUUGAUGAAGAGGUUGCAGAGAAGAUCCAGAGGCACAUGGAGAGUUGUGGCGUUAAAUUCAUGACGUGAGUUCACAAAAUCUUUGAAAAGUUUUUAAAAAUAUGAAAAUAAACACAAAUUUUGGGCGUUUUUGUAGAGGUUUUUGGCCAAAACUUGAGGAAUUCUUUAAGUUUUAAUUAAAUUUCUUAUUGAAUGUUUGAUAACUAUAGCUGUAAACUCUGUUAGUUGCCUAAAUUUGUUUUUUUUAAUAAAAUGCUGUGGAGACCUUUAAAAACUACUUUGUUUCAGAGGUAUACCUACAAAACUGGAAAGAAAAGAAGCUAAAUCGGAGGAAAGCCCAGGAGUUGUGACAGUAACAGGAGAACAAUCUCUUUCUGAUGGUGCUACGGAAGAAUUUACGAUUGAUUUUAACACGGUAACUUUAAAAUUUCAUCGAAAUUAUUGAAAAAAGUUUUUUUUUAAUGAAAAAAUGUUAUUUUAGGUAUUAUUUUAAACUGAAAACAUUAAUUUAGGUACUAUUUUAUAAAAGAAAGGUAGUUUUGGGUAAUAUUUCAGGUCGUAUUUUACUUUAAAAGCCUUAUUUUAGGUAGUAUCAGCAGCGCAACGAGAGCCACGAACAGCCAAUUUGAAUUUCCAAAAGCCAAACAUUAAGUUAUCGACCUCGGGUAAAGUAUUGGGACGACAUGAGCAAUCACAGACAGCUCCACACGUUUAUACGGUAGGGGAUGUGUUGGAAGGAGCGAUGGAGUUUUCACCGGUUUCUACACAUUCUGCUAAGCUUCUGAUGCGACGACUGUAUUUGGUAAGGGUAGGGGUCAGGUGGAUGAGAGUAAGGUAGGAUAUGACGGGGUAGAGUAGGGUAUGACAUGGUAGGGUAGGGUAAGGCGCGGUUGAGUGGAGCGGAAUAGGGUAGAGCAAAGUAGGAUAUGGUACAGUAGUCUACAAUAAUUAGAAUAUGGAUUUGAGUAUUACCUAGUGAUCAGCAUGGCAAUUAUAAUAAAAUUUUGUUUGAAAUGGCACGGAUAGAUCAAAAAACGACCACCAAUAAAACUAAUAUUACUACAGGGAUCAAUGGAACGAACCGACUAUGAACGUGUUUUAACCUCAGUUCUUACACCUCUAGAGUACUGUUCUUGUGGACUGUCGGAAAAAGAGGCUGGCCAUCAAUUUGGUACCGAGAACAUCAGUAUAUACACAGCCCCAAUCACUACAGUAGACGCUACAGUACCCGGUGAUUGGCAGAAAUACGCCUUCUGUAAGGCUGUCUUCUUCAAAACUGAAAAUGUAAGUUAAAAAUUUUGGUUUUUUGGGGUAAUUUGUUAAUUUAGUGUUCGUAGAUCUGUAAAGCGUUUUUCAAUUUCAAGUCUUUCAUUGCGGAACUUAAGCUGGUCCUUAGGACUUUGGUUUGAGCUUUGGUCGGCCGUACAUUUGCCGGUCUGGCUAGGUUCUUCUUUCAGGUCUAAUUGUAAAGGAGGUAAGUAAUGUAAAAUAGGUCUUUUUGCAUGUCCGUAAUUGUCGUAUUUUACAAAUUUUAAAUUUCCAGGAACGUUUGGUUGGUUUCCAAGUGUUGGCUCCAAAUGCAUCAGAGAUUUGCACCGGGUUCGCAAUGUGUUUAAAGUUGAACGCCAAAAGAAAGGACUUUGAUCAGCUGUUGACCAUUCAUCCUACCGCUUCGGAAGUAAGUCAUACUCAUUUCUUUAUUUUUUUAGAGGAUUUGAAAGAAUUUGCUAUAACCGUUUUGUUGUAAGCGGAGUCCUAUUAGCGAGGUUUUACAGUAAAUUUUUUGAGAAAAGUUAUGACAUAAAAAAUUAUUUUUGAAGUACAUGAUGUCAUGAAACAUUUUUUUUAAAUUUAAGUUUUUGCAAAAGACGUAUUUCUACUAUAAUGUCUAAUACAUCUACUACAAUAUCUAAUACAUUUACUACAAUAUCUAAUACAUCUAAUACACUGUCUAAUCAUCUACUACAAUAUCUAAUACAUCUAUUACAAUAGCUAAUACAUCCACUAUAAUAUCGAAUAAUGCCAGGUUCAUAUACCUACUAUAAUAUCGAAUAUUCAGGCGUUCACUCGGCUUGAAAUGCGUCAGCCCGAAGCGAAGAAAGCAACUUUUUAA